GGGCGGGGAGGCCGGCGGGAGGGGACGGGGCCAGCCCGAGGAAAUCAAACGGCCCCGACAUGAAUUAGGCAGCGGGCUGCAGAGGGGAGGGCCCCCUCGCCCGCCCUUCCCGCACGGCGCCCGGCGGGAGCAGCGCCGCCCCGCACGGAGCCGGCGGUCGGGGCACACACACGCACACGCGGCGCAGGCAGGCGGCGGGGGCGGGCCGGCCGGGGGGGGGCCGGCAGAUGAAGAUGGCAAUGUCUGUGAUCCAAGCGUGCCGCAGCCUGGCUCUCUCAACAUGGCUGCUGUCCUUUUGUUUCGUGCAUCUGCUGUGCCUGGACUUCACCGUGGCCGAGAAGGAGGAGUGGUACACGGCCUUCGUCAACAUCACCUACGCCGACCCGGCGGGCGGCGGCGCCGAGCUCCGCAGCGAGAAGAGCGAGUGCGGGCGCUACGGCGACCAGUCGCCCAAGCAGGACGCCCGAGGGCAGGUGGCCCUCUCCGCCUCGCCCGCCGACCGCUACGCCUGCGACCCCGGCACCCGCUUCAACGCCCCGGCGCCGGGCAAGAGCUGGGUGGCCCUCAUCCCGCGGGGCAACUGCACCUACAAGGACAAGAUCCGCCACGCCGCCGCUCAGAACGCCUCCGCCGUCGUCAUUUACAACAUGGGCUCCAGUAACGCCAACGAGACCGUCACCAUGCCCUACGCAGGCCUAGAUGAUGUUGUAGCAAUAAUGAUUCCUGAACCCAAAGGAAAAGAGAUAGUGAGCCUCCUGGAGAGGAACAUCACUGUGAUGAUGUAUAUAACAAUUGGGACACGAAACCUGCAGAAGUAUGUCAGCCGGACCUCCGUGGUGUUUGUCUCCAUCUCCUUCAUUGUGCUGAUGAUCAUCUCACUGGCAUGGCUGGUCUUCUAUUACAUCCAGCGAUUCCGCUACGCAAACGCCAGGGACAGGAAUCAGCGCCGGCUUGGAGAUGCUGCAAAGAAAGCAAUCAGCAAGCUGCAAGUCAGAACAAUCAGGAAAGGUGACAAGGAAACCGAACCAGACUUUGAUAACUGUGCUGUUUGUAUUGAAGGCUACAAACCUAAUGAUGUUGUCAGAAUUUUACCUUGCAGGCAUCUUUUUCACAAGUCCUGUGUAGACCCCUGGCUGCUAGACCAUCGUACCUGCCCUAUGUGUAAAAUGAAUAUUUUAAAAGCUCUAGGGAUCCCGCCCAAUGCAGAUUGUAUGGACGAUAUACCUCCCGACUUGGAAGCCUCCAUAGGAGGACCACCAACCAACCAGAUAACAGGAGCCAGCGAUAUAACAGUGAACGAGAGCUCUGUAGCCCUGGAUCCCCCGGUGCGGACUGUGGGAGUACUACAAGUAAUCCAGGACGUAGACUCCUUUCCCCAGGCUGGGGAGGGUAACUUCACAACAAGCAAUGAACAGGAGCCAGCAGUCAGCAGCGAUUCAGAUAUUUCAUUGAUUAUGGCCAUGGAGGUUGGACUGUCCGAUGUGGAGCUUUCCACUGACCAAGACUGCGAAGAGGUGAAGUCUUGAAAAACAAAAAGAUCUCCGAGACUAAACUACAGGGAAGGGCCACAGGGAGGGACGGAGACAACCUUCUAGGAUUUGGACCAGUCACGCACUUGCCUCCAGAGCACUGUCACUCCUGCACACUCCAUUCUGAGACGGUCAUGAAAAGCAAUAGCAACAGUUGUGUCUGCCUGGAUGCAGUUUUGUCAUCUACAUACAUUCGUAAUGUUCACAUGGAAGAUGAACGCUUCCAGUUUGCCCACGUGCUUGAGAGCAGCCAUGUAACUCUUCAGUGGCUCAUAAAUACGCAACUGAAAUGACAGCUUGAGUGUUUUCUACACUUGUUCGAUCGCGGUUUUGUUUCUUUUUUUUUUUUGAAGAGGUAUGUUUGUUAUGUAUGUUUGUUUGUUUAUAGUUUGUUAUCAAUAUACAUUCUUUUUGUUGACUGACCCCCAGCUUUUUCAAGAGUUGAGUCCAGAUACCUGAAUUCCCUGUUUACUGGUCACUUCAUGAUCCCAUUCCAGGAUCUAUCAUUGCCUGUUAUUUCCUCGUGAAGUACACGUGGCUUCAGAGGGAUGGUGCACCAGCAUCCUGUGUAAAUGUGAAACCUGCUUGCAUUAAGAGGAGCCUGGGAAAUGUUGUAAUCUGAAGGUCUUUAUUUGUAAGAGAGCUCUGAAUUAACAAAGAUUGCUGAGAUUUGGUUAGAAACAGCAUUAUUUUGGCUUCUAUAUACAGCUCUCUUUGAGACAAUAUGAUACAGAGUUGAGGGAGAGAAAGAAGUGUAUCAAACUUCACCCCGUCUUUGUAGUCCUUUGCUGCAUUUUAUGCUAUUAGUACAGUAUGUCAGUAUGUACUACAUGCUAGUAUGUACUUUCUUGCCAAACCAUUCUGGGUAAGGAGGAAGGAAUCUGAAAAUUAGCAGAAGUAACACAAAUCAAAACAUUUAAGUCAGAAUGAUUUGUGGUUACAUUUAAUCCAUCCAGAGCUGCGCUUCCAUGGAAAAGCUCACGAUUGCUUGUUCAACGUAAGAUUUCAUUUUUCAGUCAAAAUAUUUAACAGUGAAAAAGCUUUCUUAGCUUCCUGUUUUACAAGAGUAAAGGGUUUCUGUUGACAGUCAGAUGAUGUGAAUCACAUUACUGCCUCCUGAGUAAGUCAGCAGAAUCGACGAUUCAUCUUACAUUGAAAUUUCAUGGAGAGGUCAAACGUUUUCACUUGCAUCACAGCAGCAUCUCAAAACGCAACCGUUUGGGUUUCUCGCUAUAUUUAAACUUCCUUUUGGAUUUGCUCAGCUGGAGAAAACAGCUCCCACCCAAACUUCAGCUUGUAAGAUUUUAUUCAGGAACAAAUGUGUUUAAAACCGUACCUAAAACUGCGGACAGCUUGCUUUUUUGUUGUGGGAAGAAGGAAGAUUUAUACUCCAUGCUUUGGGUUCAGUUAGAACUCAGUUGUUGUUUUUUAAUGUUCUUAGUCCCUAAAUUGUAGGGUAUGUUUGAGGCUUGAAAGCCAGGAUCCAGGUAUGUGCCGUGACAUUUUUAUAAGCCAUUCACAUGAACAUCUCUCCUUCAUUAAAGAGAUGCAAGCAGUUUGAAAUCUGUUUGAUUUGAAAGGGACAUUAUAGAUUGUUAGGGAGGAUGCAGCUGAGUCACUCUUGCCAAUAUUUGUGAUUCUGUUACUAUUUUUUUCUGUAUUUUUUAAUGUUUUCUCUAUUCUCUGCCACUAUGGGUAAAGCCCCCACUAUGAGGGAAACCGAUGCUUAAAUUUACCCCUUCACAACAGACUUUACACCAGGUACCACGUCAGCUCCACUUAAACUCUGAAUAUAGUGCUGAAAUGAGAUAAAAGUGGUGCCUGCACUUCCUGUUGGCCCUUUACAUAGUAAGGAAACAUCACCAAUGACUGUAGGAGAGAGAGAGAAGCUGGUUGUACACGGACAGGUUUCCCAGUGGAAAGUGCAGAUGCUGGUACAUUAUCUUCUCUAGUGCUGGAGCCUGGGUGCUGCAUGUCACAGUGCAUCAUGAAAAGGAUGUCCGAGUUGUCAGUGAUCCUUUUACAGCUGCCUGCUGCAGACCAGCACACAGACAAAGCCCUUGACUGAAUCGCUGGAGUUUCAGAGGAGCUGCCAUAAAGUCUUCAUUUUGUUUUGCCAGAGGAAUUAAGUUAAUGGACAAACUGAUUAUCUGUUGCUAUAAUGGAGUCCCUCACAGUACAGCACAGCAAACGAGGUCUGUGUUUGCAGCAGAGGCUGUAAAAAAGGUGAGGCAGGAGUUGAAACCUCCAGUUAACAGUGCAGGGAGUCAUUUGCCUGGCAAAAUCAUUAAAGGGAGCUAUGCUGAAUGCAGCAGCACAUAGUAACUGAGCUCCUGCCAAUAUCGCUAGGAGCAAUAAUACUUCUAUGUAUCCCAUUCUAGAUCCCGUCUCUUGGCAUCCAGGGCUGGCCACCCUCAGGGGCAGGGUGCUUUUACAUCUUGCCAUGUUCUGGUCUUUCAAAAGAGUUGUCCUAGCAAAUCUGGGCCAGGAGCAUUUUGGCUUUUGUUUUCCAAAUUCUACCUGCUCAGGAAGGAUAUUUCUCCAUCUCUCCUUCAGUGUUGUGUAGCUCUUUGUGCUGUGAAGUGAUCACAAGUGCAAAGUCAGGUCACACCUCACUGAAGACAGAAAUGAGGAAAGCACUUACAUAAAUGUUCUAAUCCAUCCUUGUUCAGAAAAGCACUUAUGGUUAAUUUGGGGCUUGUACAGAAAUCGCAUUAUUUUCAAUGUAUUUAAACCCUCAUGUCAAAUGGAGAUGUUUUCCUAAAGUAGGACCUGGCUGCCAGUGUUUUUUGUACGUAUGACCUAUGAAUGCCUUGGGAAUUUGAAGUGCUUCCUAAAUAUUAAGACCCCAGAGGUUUGUUUGUAAUAGACGAAAGCCUUAAUUCUACAGUUCUGCAUGCCCAUGCACAGUUUAGCCUAUGUGAAUCUCUCCACUGUGAUUUUUCACGGGGUAAAAUUAAACCUCUUCAUUGGCACAUCUGGGCAAAACUAUUCCCUUCCUGAGAGUGUUUGGCAGUUCCUCAGUACUGCUGCCUGCCAGCCCAGGGCUCUGGCAUUAAGCAGGUGGGAUUCAGCUGCUGGGGGCACAGCACUACCUGUUCAGAACAGAGAGCAGCCUUUGGCCCGCAGCGAUGGAAAAACAAAAUCCUCAGGUGCCCUCUGACAAAGAGUGCUCAAGAAUGCAGUUCAGCACACUUGCGCAGCGUGGCUUUACUGCUACAGACAAUUCCUGCUGCCAGGACAUCACGGACGGGGCAGGGGUUACUGCUUGGCUGGAGGACAGCACAGCUCUCUGAGCAGUGUUCCUGUUGCUCUUUCUGCUUCUGUCACCUGAGGCUGUUUCCUAUUAUUUCCCUUUAGCAAGUACUAUGUGGGAGAACAUUCGCCAGCUUGUCUUCGUUCCAACUGUGUUGCAGAAUAAACCUUAGGCAAGCAGAGCCCGUGCUCUGUGUUCCCUUUGGUUUUCAUGACUUUCACUAAGCUGCAUUCCCAAAGGUCUGUUUGGUAGAUGGGAGACAUAAAAAAAGCUGCAUAAGUUCUGUGCUUAUAGCCAGCCUAAUGUAUGUGCAGGUGUGCAGGGCACCAGCUCUGAAUCCUUUCCUCAGCUCACCCACCCAUUCUGAUGGAGAUCCUUGCUGUGGUUUUGGGGGCUUGUUUCUUUUCCCUGAGUGCCUCAGAGCCUGAGAAACAGGACUGGGACUGUUGCAGUGCUACAAUUGGUUCUUUAAGCAUUCUGCGGAAUUACAUUUCCACAUAUGCAUCUGUAAGUACAUUGAAAUAUCUAUGGAAACUGUAGUGAAAACAAGCUGCUGCCAUUUUUAGAGUGUUUCCAUAUGUGAGAGAACAUGGCAAUAAAGGAAAAGGCUUUAUAGAAGCAAUUUGAAAUAAAAAUACUGAAAUCACAUACAAGAGGUCUCUGGGAUCUCACUACUUUAAUGAAAUCUGGAUCAGAUCCAGAUGAUGUUGUCGCAGGAAAGUCAGUACUUUGUCUCCUGUUGAACAACCACUUUGUGAUACAUUCUUAUUUUGUGAACAAAAUGAACCCAAGUGCUGGAGACAGAUCUAGCUCAGAAUUCAGUGUUUCACAAAGAAUAUGCAUUUUGUGAUCCAAACGUCUUUGUUGUCACACCUGGUGAACCAGCCUCUCCUCCUCCUUGCUAAAUAAAAACAGGUGCUCAUCUAACUUGAAAAACAUCAAGCUCAGAAGAUGUUUGCACCUGGGUAGGUUGCCCUGGCAGAUAACUAUCUGCAGAUCCCUCUAUGCCUCUAUGUACUGAUAGUCAUUAGUACACAGCUGCAAGAUUCUUCAUAAAAUGUAUUUUAGUUCCCAGUCUGGUUUAACCUGGAGUGUAGUUGUCGUAUAGAUUCUCCAGUCUUUUGGCUGGCAAACUUUUUCCUUGGAAUGUGCACUACAACUCUAAGAGGGGAUUCAGUGAUGAACGGGCAAAGAUCAGAGCACAAGACUUUGUGGACAACCUGCAAGUCUACAUUGUGGCAAUAGUUCUGCACUGAAAUGAUAAGACAGGUUGUGUUUGGCAGUGGGGGAUGCAUCUCAGCCCAGGCACUUGGGAGUCUCCCAGGUUGUGUUUAUAAGGGCCUCAUUCAUUCCUGCCUGGUCUCUGUCCAUAGAAAAGCUCAUGACUGAGCAUAUAGUUUGAAAUAAGCCAGGAAUAUGAGUUCACAGGCCAUGCAAACCAUGGAAACCAGUAGUCACUUAUUACCUUCUAUUUCAUUAGCAAUAACUGAGACUUUUUAACCAUUUGUAGUUCUUGUACAGCCUCAUUGUAGGAUGAAAGUUUCUGGUCUGCUAGAAAUUUGGGCCAGGGCAAGCUGGCUGUCUAAACAGAAGGCAGGACUUGUUUUGCUGUUCUGCUGCCUCCAUUUUGUAGGACUAAAAUGGUAGAGAAAGCAGACCCGUCACAAAGGAUUGCUCCAGCACAAGGGAAGGGAAUUGGUGGGCUAAAGCCAAUGCCAUUCUGCUUUCUCUCUGGCAAUUUGUGCUGCCCGUGUCUCUCGUAAGGGGGUAUGUUGUUUGAGCAGACCUUUUAAUAGGGACAAUCGAUCCGACACAAGCACUUCUUGAAUUCUAACAAGCUGUUACCUGGACAAAUGGAGAGUUGUGCGUCUGAAACAGGAGCGCCAGAUGGGCUCUGAGCUCGGAAUGCGUCGGUAGCAGAUGGCAGCUGCGGGCUGGGAGGCGGCGAGCGAGGGCGAAGGCUGCCCUCUGCUGUGCGGCAUCACCGCGACUCAGAGCCGCUCAGCUCAUUUUCUCCUUCCCGGUUCUUCUUUUACAUGGAAAAGAAAAAGGCUUUAUUAGCACGAGCUGUAUUUCAAGGAGAGAAACAGAGGAGGAAAGACGGAUCAGAUGUGUUGCACAUUUUGAGGGAAAAGCCAAUGGAUGGGUUAUCCAUCUGAAAUCAAUCUUGCCUCUCUCAACUAUUUUAAUUGAGAAUCCAUGGAAGCUAUUGCUUUCUGGAGCAAAAGCCCCAAGUAAUAAUAAUAAUAAUAAAGAAGAAAGAGCAUUUCCCUUUUUAGUUUAUUUCCCAAUUCUUCAGUGCUGUGUGGUGUUAAAAACAAUAGCAAGAUCAAGAUGCCUAAUUGCUCUGAAUGUAUACAGCUUUCCCAGCUCUAAGCAUUUUAUAUGUGUACCUAAUGGCACCCUUCCUUCUUGCUCCAUGUUAGGAAGCUGAAAUGACCCGUACCAUUUUGUAAUUAGAAAUGUGAAGAGGGGACAGCAGGAGGGAGGGUCUUUUUAUAGGAAGACAUACCUUGUAUUUAGUAAGCACUUCAAAUGGUUUUGUACUUGUCAAGAUAUACAUUCCAUCCAUUUCCAGAAGAGAAUUAUUUUUAUUUAGUGUAGUUUAUAAGCAAACCAAACCAUAAUGUGGUGUCCUAUUUGGAUGCAGUUCAUGAACAGAGCAGGACUAUUCUGCUUUGCAGUGAUGGCCCCUAUGUUUUUCCAGCAACGUUUCCUCUCACAUGCUGCAGAGCCACACCAGCAAAUGCCAAUGUUAAAAAGGGAGGGGGGAAAGUAUGAAUAAAUACCAUAUGCAUCAGUGCACAGCCUGCCAAAGUAAUUUCCAGUUGGGAAACAACCUUCUGUAUCAGUGAAGUUCUCAGAGGCGGUUGGUCCCACAGCAGGCACCAGGAGAGGGUGUGCUCCAACCCUGCCUCUCCCUGCCCCAGCUGACAGCAUAAGAAACCUGGGGGACAGGGCAAGGGUGUCACACUCACACCCUGCAGCUCAUCAUCUGCAGGACCAUCAGGAUCGAGACAUGGUUUUGGCCAAAGCUGUUUUGCUGGUACUUGCUCUGCAUUGGUUUUGCCCGUGGGAAAGAACCUUCAGCUCCUCAUUAAAAAAAAAGCUCCUUUCUUCAAGUGGGUUCACUUGGGGUUGGGAAGCACUGAGUGAAAGGCCAUGACAGCAUCACACUGUGGCAUUUGCAUAGGCAGCUCUUUUUCUUACCAUCAGCUUUUAUUUUUGUCCUCCUACCUAUGAAUGUGCUGCCACAACGGCAGUCACAGUUUGUGAAGCGAGCCUUUUCUCUAGGUUUACUUUCUGCACCGCAGUGCAAACAUAGCGUUGCUCUAUGCUGACAUUUUAUGAUGUGUACACCUUCCCUUCCAAUGCACUUUAUCUCUCUUGAAAAAAUGUGGGAGUCGGAAGCACCAUCCUAAAGGGAUUUGCCUGCAAUCACGAGGCACGCGCUCUUUUUUCCUUUUCAUCUUGCUUUGUUAUAUACUGUAAAUGCUAAAGAGCAUGGACAGUGACUCAGCUGGGGGUAGUACUGAAGCAGUAAGGCUAAUAUUUGGAAGCGUUAUUCAGUAGUACAACACGGCUAUUUUUGUUAUAUAGAAGAUUAUAAUGUAAAUAUGUGAGACUGUGUUAUUAUGUACCAGUAAAAUAUUGCAACUAUCGAAGUUAAGAUUGUGAAUUUCAAGGAAUUUUAUUGCAAGUUUUUUAAUAAAAUGAAUCUGAUGACCGUGUCCUGCA